AUGCGACUGCCGUGGUCGACCGAUCCGCCCGUGCGUGACCGCCUUCGAGACAGCAACGAGCGGCCGCGCUCGCGUCUCCGGUACGAGUUCGUCGUCGUGAUCUGCGUUCGAGCUCCGUCGUGGCAUGACGCAAUCCUUUCGCGCUUUGUCGCCCGCGACCGCCGGAUGGCGGAGGGCCGCGAAAAGGCGGAGGAGGUGCUCGAAGCGAUGCGCGGAGCAGGCCUCACGCUUCGCGUCAAGCGGCACCUCGCCCGCGACGGCUCCAAGCUCCUGCUCGCCUUUGUCACGGCGGCGGCCGACCGGCUGGCGGUUCAGAGUGACCGACUCGCGGUCGAGAAGUGGCUGACCGAGGAGCGCUCGCUCGAGAGCGGCGGCGGCGCGCGCUUCGGCGUCGACUCCAAGCCGGCCACGCGGGUGGUGUGGCUCUUGAUUGGUUAG